AUGAUGAACUACUAUCGAGAUAACCGUCCGCACAAAGUGUUACCAUUAGCUAAAGGAUCUGUAGAAUGGAAUGAGACAUUGGAAGCCGCAAGCCUUAGUGAACGAAUCAGUGCUUGCAAUGUCGGAUGUCAAGAUUUGGAUUCUACAAAUUCAACAUGCCAAGAUCGAUGCGCAGCCACUAAUGCCACUGAUAGUUGUUUGCAAGGAUGUCGGGCAAUUACUGAUAUAUUUUUGCAUCUUAUACAAGACUUGUUAAAUCAUGUAACGAUGAGCGUCGAAGAUGAGACAAAAGAAGAAAUCUCUACUUUGUGGAAAUUGGAUGGUGCUUAUCAAAUGAUGGUUAGCGAAAUAGCAUCUGUUGACAUGCAAUGGGGUGUACAAGGUCGAUCAGCUUUUUCCCAUUCACCGUUUACAACAACCGUGAUCAAUGAUAAGGUUUUCAGAGACGAUUCAAUGCUCACAAAGGUUAACAUUCAAAACCUAUACUUUGGAGAAGUGGAGCUCAGGUUUUGUGCAUAUUGGCGUGGUAACAUCGUUGUUUCGCCUAUAUCUAAUUAUAAAUUAACUUACGAAGGAAGUGUUCCACAACCACCAAAAAUUAUUGCGCAACAGCAGAUUUCUGUAACUAGUUAUGUGGUUUGUUGGAGUGUCACCAAUUCGAGAACAUACAAAGUUUCAUUAGCACAUUUGGAUGGUGGAGAAAUUUAUGGCGAAAAAACUCCGCAUACUUGUUACUUGUUCAAAGAUAUUCCGACAGAAAAUUGUUGUCGUGCUAGUAUCGGAUAUGCUGAUAUCAAUUCUUCAUCGGAAGCUGUUAUCAAAAUUGAGUUAAAUACAAAUACAGGUAGCACUUAUUUAGUAAUUAUCGUAUAUCAAAAAUAAAU